UCUAUAGACUUUGACAGUGGAGCAUUACAGACCCAGCAGAAUGAUAAUGAAGAGUAUGACCAGGAGGACUAUGCCCGGGAACAGUUGUUACAGCAGUUAUUAACUGACCUUCCCCAUGAUAUGCUUGAUGACAGCCUCUGCUCUGCUUCAGAACCCAACUACAGUGACUGUAGUGACCAUGACGUAUCAGAACAUAAUAAACCCUGGCACCCAGAGACACAAUGGGGACAUGACGGAAGAACAUCUGACUGCCAAAAUCAAUACCCAGGUAAAGCAGUUGCUCCACAGUAUAUGGGCCAGCAGAUUGGACCUCUAAGAAGUGAAGCAGGCGGUGAUAAAAUACGCAGUGGUUGGGGAGCCCAGCACAGCGAUAAUGAAGAUAUGUUUACAGAUAAAUAC